AUGCCGUUUGUGGCUGAAUUCCAGCAUCACGGUGACACCAACCCCGGCACCUCCCCUCUGGACACCGUUAAUGUACAUGAGGAGGAGGGCGAGGAGGAGGAGCAGAUAGAGGAGGAGGCGGGACCUUCACAACAGCCACCAGAAGAAGUGGAGGUGGAAACAGAGGAAGAGGAGGAGGAAGAUGCUGAACAGGAAACUGCAGUGCCCACAGGUGCAGAGAGCCAGGAAUGUGGGGAAGGAGACAGGGAGAGGACUGCACCAGGAAGAACAGGAGACAUUUUGCAAUCUUUCCACCAAAGAAUUGCCCGCCUGGAGCGCCUCACAGCGAGGCUGUUGAGGGAUGUGCGGGACAUGAAGACCAGCAUUGCCCAGAUUUUGGAGUUGUUGCAGGGAAUGCUGCAGAGGGACAAUCACAGGGGGAAGGCUUGA